AUGCCGAUGGAGGGGAGGGUCCAGGAGUGGUUGUGUCUAAAUUGUCAGAUGCAGAGAGCUCUUGGCAUUGAUAUGACCACGCCUCGCUCUAAGAGCCAACAGCAGAUUCAUUCUCCAUCCCACCAAGCCAAACCCAUUGUCCAGCCUCAGCAACCCGCACCUCAGCCAACACAGCCGGCAGCAGCAGCACUGCCCAAACCUCUGGCACAGAGUCAGCCCACCCAGCGACAGCAGCAGCAGCAACAGCAGCAUCCUCAGUCUCAGCCCUACGGCCAGACGCAGCCCUAUUCCGAGUCACAGCCAUACUCCCAGUCCCAGCAGUAUCCCCAGUCUCAGUCUCAGACUUACCCAUCAUCCCAGCCAGGGCUGCAGACUCAGCCUCACACCUCCCCAGGCUUACAGAGACACCCAGGCCCUGGCGGCCCCCAGAAUAAGACAGGGCCCUCUCAGCAGGGCAUGAGGUCUGACCCGUACUCCCACAAAGGUCCUGGAGCUCCAGGGGCUGCCGGAGGGCCUACAGGAGGCCCCAAUCAACCUGGGGGUCCAAGGAUUCCCCACCCUGGUGCUGUGCCACUGCCUGGUUUGGCAAAAGCACCCUCCCAGCCUGAUUUGGGUCGUGGUUCUCCGAUGCAUCAGUCAAUGGCUCGACACCACGACCAGACAAGAAGUGCCGGCUCCUCGCCGGCCCACAGAUCUCAAAGUCAGGCACCCCCUCCUGCCCAGGAUGGCCUAACCAAACUAUUUGGCUUUGGAGCAUCGCUGCUCAAUCAGGCGAGUACCCUGAUCAGUGUUGACCCUCUGCCCACCGCCUCCACCCAGCCAAGUCCUGCACGAGGGAAGGUGGUGUUCAGCAAUGCAACUCCUGAAAACAGGCAGCAGCAACAACAAGGGACAGCUGGCACUAAACCAUUAGGGAUGGGGGGCCCUCAUGCUCCAACUCAAAUGGGAGGCCCUCAUCCACCGGGUCAAAUGGGGGCUGCUCAUCCGCCAGGCCAAAUGGGGGCUUCUCAUCCAACGGGCCAAAUGGUGGCUGCUCAUGCACCUAGCCAAAUGGGGGCUGCUCAUCCGCCGGGCCAAAUGGGGGCUGCUCAUGCACCCAGCCAAAGGGGGGCUGUUUAUCCACCGGGCCAAAUGGGGGCUGCUCAUGCACCGAGCCAAAUGGGGGGUCCUCAUGCACCAAGCAAAAUGGGGGCUGCUCAUGCACCGAGCCAAAUGGGGGGUCCUCAUGCACCGAGUCAAAUGGGGGGUCCUCAUGCACCGAACCAAAUGGGGGCUGCUCAUGCACCGAGCCAAAUGGGGGCUGCUCAUGCACCGAGCCAAAUUGGAGGUCAUCGUGCACCAAGCCAAAUGGGAGGUCCCAAAAUGGGUGGACUACAUGGGCAAUCUCAGAAGCAACAUCAGCAGACCAUGCCCUAUCAACAAGGAAUGCCGCAGCAGCAGUCACCCGCCCAUCAUCAAAAGGGGCAGCAAGGACAGCCACAACCACAAGGUUUUCAUCAGCAAACACCUCCUCAUCUGCAGAAAGCUCUGCAGAAGCAGGAGCCUGUGGCGGCCCCUGUGCCCGCUCCAGAACCUGUGAAACCGAAAGUGAACUGUCCUCUUUGCAAAACGGAGCUGAACAUUGGCAGCUCUGGCCCACCCAACUACAACACCUGUACACAGUGUCAAAGCCAAGUGUGUAACCUGUGUGGCUUCAACCCUACACCACAUCUGGUUGAGGAGUACAACGGCACAGUGAACCGUGCAGUAUGA